GUCUGGGCAGUGCAGCUCAGAGCGCAGCAGCAUCCCGCGGCUCCGCUCCGCUCCGCUCGCCUCUUCCUCUGCCUUUUUCUUCCUCCAGCAGCCUCCACGUCUGUUUGAAUGUGUGCAGCUCGGGAUGUGACCGCAUUCUGGCUGCUGCGUUUCCACAGGAAAAAAAUCGAAACAAACUAAGAAAAAAAAAAAGAAAAGAAAAGAAAACAAAGCUCAGCUCUCUCUGUGUUUUCCGACCGUCUUUUUUUUUUUUUUUUUUUGCUGCUCUUACUGUCUUUUGCCGACAGUGAUAAAGAGAGCAGUAAAAAUCGGGGGUCCCUGUUUUUUUUGUUUUUGGAAUAAGAACAUAAGCAUUGCUGUUUUCUGACUUUGAGACAGAAGAGAGGAGAGACUCCUUAGGAAUUUCCCAAGGAAUUUAUCCGGACGGCUCCGUCACCGGAGCUUUAUGUUCUCCUGCCUGGGUGCAUAAUGUUACCAACUGUUCCACACUAGGGAAAUUCUGAGGAGUUCUGUUCUGACUUCGCUCUUUGUCUGAGGCAGCAGUCGCAACCGUUUGUUCCAAACGGGGUGGGGGUAAAGGGGGCUUUAGCUGCACCGGUGUGUCGGCGAGGUCGGCCUGCGGCAGCAGGGGCGGCAUGGUGGCACCUGCAUGAGCCCGACGGAGAAGCCUCAAUUCUCUCGUUCUCUUUCCUGAGAUGUCAACCACAGGAUGAGGCCUGAGGCCAGGUCUCGGGAGAGAGAAUGUUCCAUGACUUUCACACCUUCAACCUCAAGCUCAUGAUCUGCCGGGAAGUUUGCUUGAGUGGUGAAAGGUGGUUAUUUGCUGUUUGCGCUCGGAGCCGAGGAAACUGACAAUGCAGUCUGAUCUUAAUGAGCUGUGAAUACCCUGCAUCUGAGAAAUCAGACCAGACUGACUCACAGGGCUCUGUGAGCCAGUGCCACUGAGGCUGCCAAAGCAUGCUGGUGCCAAGCUGUCCCACCAUGCACAGAGCCAGACCCACGCUGCUGCUGCUGCCGCCGCUGCUGCUGCUGAUCCAGGGUCUGCUCCUCCACCUCGCCGACGCUCAAACACCGCCAAAGUUUUUAAGAACCCCCAAUGACCAAACAGGCGUGCAGGGAGGCGUGGCGUCCUUCAUCUGCCAGGCCACCGGAGACCCACAGCCGAAGAUUUUGUGGAACAAGAAGGGGAAGAGAGUCAGCAACCAGAGAUUUGAGGUAGUGAUAGAGUUCAGCGAUGGCUCUGGCUCCGUGCUAAGAAUUCAGCCGUUGCGCACGCCCCGAGACGAAGCCAUAUACGAAUGCGUCGCCUUCAACAGUGUUGGAGAGACGAGCGCCACCACCAGGCUGACUGUUUUACGUGAGGACCAGCUCCCCCCUGGCUUCCCCACCAUAGACAUGGGCCCACAGUUAAAGGUGGUGGAGCGAACACGCACCGCCACCAUGCUCUGUGCCGCCAGCGGCAACCCCGACCCAGACAUCACCUGGUUCAAAGACUUCCUCCCCGUCAACACCACCAACAACAACGGACGCAUUAAGCAGCUCAGAUCAGAAUCCUUUGGUGGUACGCCAAUAAGAGGAGCCCUGCAGAUAGAGCACAGCGAGGAACCGGACCAGGGAAAGUACGAAUGCGUGGCGACGAACAACGACGGGACUCGCUAUUCUGCCCCGGCUAAUCUUUACGUCAGAGAGCUACGAGAAGUACGGCGAGUCCCACCCCGAUUCUCCAUCCCACCGACAGACAAUGAGAUCAUGCCUGGUGGCAGCGUGAAUAUCACGUGUGUAGCUGUGGGCUCGCCCAUGCCGUACGUCAAGUGGAUGCUGGGCGCGGAGGAUCUCACCCCGGAGGACGACAUGCCCAUUGGACGCAACGUCUUGGAGCUCACAGAUGUGCGACAGUCGGCCAACUACACUUGUGUUGCCAUGUCAACACUUGGGGUGAUAGAAGCUAUGGCCCAGAUAACAGUAAAAGCACUGCCCAAGGCUCCUGGCACUCCGGUGGUGACUGAGCGCACAGCCACCAGCAUCACGCUUACUUGGGACUCUGGCAACCCGGAGCCUGUGUCCUACUACAUCAUCCAGCACAAAUCCAAGUACUCUGAUGACCUGUACAAGGAGAUAGAUGGCGUGGCCACCACCCGCUACAGCGUGGGCGGCCUCAGCCCCUACUCCGACUAUGAGUUCAGGGUGGUGGCUGUGAACAACAUCGGACGAGGGCCGCCCAGCGAGAGCAUCGAGGCCAAAACGGCAGAGCAGGCGCCGAGCACCGCGCCGCGGCAGGUCCGAGGUCACAUGAUGAGCGCGACCACAGCGGUCAUCCAGUGGGACGAGCCGGAGGAGCCCAACGGGCAAAUCAUGGGCUACAGGGUGUACUACACCAUGGAUUACAGCCAGCACGUUAACCUCUGGGAGAAGCAGAUAGUUCGGGGGUCUAAUUUCGUCACCAUCCAGGGCCUCAUUCCGAAUAAGACCUACUACAUCAAAGUGUUGGCCUUCACCUCUGUGGGCGACGGACCCCUUUCUCCUGAGCUGCAAAUCAUCGCCAAGACCGGAGUUCCCUCCCAGCCGACUGACUUCAAAGGAGAAGCCAAAUCAGAAACGAGCAUUUUGCUUUCAUGGAACGCUCCGGCCCAGACGGGACUGGAAAACCAAGUGACCGGAUAUGAGCUCACGUACAGAAAGAAGGACGACAAAGACGAGAAACGAAUCAGCUUCGAACCGACAACCACAUACCUGCUGAAGGACUUGAAGCCCUUCACCACGUACACUUUUCGUCUGGCCGCCCGCAGUAAACAUGGAAUUGGAGCUUACACCAGCGACAUCUCUGCAGAAACCCCACAGACACAACCCGCCGGCCCACCUCAGGAUGUAAAGUGCCACAGCCCCAGCUCGACCAGUAUUCUGGUAAGUUGGCGGCCGCCAGCCGUGGAGCUGCAAAACGGGAUCUUGACGCAGUACGCUAUUCACUACGCCGCCACCGAAGGCGAGGACACCGCCGCUCGCCGAAUCUCUGCCAUCCCUCCGGAGAGCACCAAGUAUCUUUUGGAGAACCUGGAAAAAUGGACUGAGUACCGUGUGACGGUCACUGCCCACACAGAUGUCGGAGCAGGACCUGAGAGCCUGCCGCAGCUUAUCCGAACAGAGGAGGAUGUUCCUAGUGGGCCACCUCGUAAAGUCGAGGUGGAGGCUGUCAACUCUUCAUCAAUUAAAGUGAUUUGGCGCUCACCGGUGCCCACCAAGCAGCACGGUCAGAUCCGAGGAUACCAGGUGCACUAUGUCAGGAUGGUUAAUGGGGAGCCCACAGGACAGCCAGUCAUCAAGGACAUCCUGAUUGAUGAUGCUCAGUGGGACUACGAUGACACAACUGAACAUGAAAUGAUCAUCACUGAGCUGCAGGCCGAAACCACGUACUCAGUCACAGUGGCAGCCUACACAACAAAGGGCGACGGUGCACGCAGCAAACCCAAACUGAUCACCACCACUGGCGCAGUUCCUGAGAAACCUCGCCUCAUGGUCAGUACAACAAACAUGGGGACGGCACUCCUCCAGUGGCACCCCCCGGCGAUAACCCACGGCCCCCUUCAGGGCUACCGCCUUCGCUUUGGCCGCAAAGACGUUGACCCACUGACUGUUAUCGAGUUCCCUGAGCGAGAGAACCAUUACACCACCAAAGAGAUCCACAAGGGAGCCUCGUACACCUUCCGCCUUUCGGCGCGCAAUAAGGUGGGCUUUGGGGAGGAGACGGUCAAAGAGGUGGUCACAAACGAAGAAGUACCGAGCGGCUACCCGCAGAACAUUAAGGCAGAGGGAGCCAGCACCUCCACAGUUCAGGUCAGCUGGCAGUCCGUUCUCCUGGCAGAGCGAAACGGUCAGAUAGUGAAAUACGCUCUGCAGUACAAAGACAUCAACAGCCCGCGGAGUCCGUCAGAACUCUUCAUCACUGCCCCGGAAUCAACCGUCCUCCUGGAUGGGCUCAGGGCAGACACUACUUAUGAUAUUAAAAUGUGUGCCUUCACCAGCAAGGGCUCUGGUCCCUAUAGCCCAAGUGUCCAAUUCAGAACACAGCCUGUUGAUCAAGCAGUGUUUGCAAAAAAUUUUCACGUGAGAGCUGCUAUGAAGUCGUCAGUGUUGCUGACGUGGGAAAUCCCAGACACCUACAACCCGGCACAACCUUUUACUAUCCUCUACGAUAAUGGGCAGAGCGUGGAGGUGGACGGAAAGCUAACACAGAAGCUUAUCACGGGUCUUCAACCAGAGACACAGUACUCCUUCCUGUUGACCAACCGCGGGAACAGCGCUGGAGGUCUUCAGCAUCGCGUGUCCACCAUGACGGCUCCAGAUGUCCUUCGCACCAAGCCCUACAUGAUCGGCAAAACAAAUUCAGACGGGAUGGUGACCGUAGAACUCCCGCCGGUCCAAACUUCUGAGAGAGUAAGGGGUUACUAUAUCGUGGUCGUACCUCUGAAGAAGCAGCGCACUGGGAAGUUUUACAGUCCCUGGGACAGUCCGGACGAGAUGAAUCUGGAAGAGCUACUGAAAGAGAUAAACCGAACGAGCCGAGGCCUUCGCUUCCAGAGGCACGCCGAGCCCAAAGCCUACAUCGCUGCACACUUCAAAGACCUGCCCAAAGAGUUCACCCUGGGAGACGGCAAGAUCUACGACGACUUUGAAAACAAGCAACUCCAGAACGGCCAGGAAUACAUCUUCUUCGUGCUCGCCGUGCUGGAGAUGUCUGAAAACAUCAUGUAUGCCACCAGCCCGUACUCCGACCCAGUUGUUUCAGCAGACCUCAAUCCCCAGCCGAUCAUGGACGAGGAGGAAGGUCUCAUCUGGGUGGUGGGGCCCGUGCUGGCAGUUGUCUUCAUCAUAUGCAUCGUCAUCGCCAUCCUUCUUUAUAAAAGCAAACCAGACAGAAAAAGAGCAGAAACCGAAGCCAGAAAAGGCAGCCUUCCCAACAGCAAAGAAAUGCCUCUUCAUCAUCCCACUGAUCCGGUUGAGCUCCGGCGUCUUAACUUCCAGACACCUGGUUCAGGUGCGCCCAGUCACCCCAGUAACCUCCAUUUGUCAAGUAUGGCAAACCAUCCUCCGAUCCCCAUCAUGGAACUGGCCGAUCACGUAGAGCGCCUGAAAGCCAAUGACAACCUAAAGUUUUCACAGGAAUAUGAAUCCAUUGACCCCGGUCAGCAGUUCACCUGGGAGCACUCCAACCUGGAGGUCAACAAACCAAAGAACAGAUACGCCAACGUAAUUGCCUACGAUCACUCCAGAGUCCUACUCUCCGCUAUCGACGGAAUCCCUGGAAGUGACUACAUCAACGCUAACUACAUAGAUGGCUACAGGAAGCAAAACGCCUACAUCGCCACCCAGGGCGCACUGCCGGAGACGUUUGGUGAAUUUUGGAGGAUGAUAUGGGAGCAGAGGAGUGCCAUCGUUGUCAUGAUGACCAAACUGGAAGAGCGGUCGAGGGUGAAAUGUGAUCAGUACUGGCCCACAAGAGGGACGGAGACCUACGGUCUCAUCCAGAUAACAUUGCUGGACACAGUAGAGUUGGCCACAUACUGCGUCCGGACGUUCGCACUUUUUAAGAACGGCUCCAGUGAGAAGAGGGAGGUGAGGCAGUUCCAGUUCACUGCCUGGCCAGACCACGGGGUACCGGAGCACCCCACGCCGUUCCUCGCCUUCCUCAGACGGGUGAAAGCUUGCAAUCCUCCAGAUGCGGGGCCCAUGGUGGUGCACUGCAGUGCCGGGGUGGGCCGCACCGGCUGCUUCAUUGUGAUUGAUGCCAUGCUGGAGCGCAUCAAGCACGAGAAGACCGUGGACAUCUACGGACACGUAACGCUGAUGCGCGCCCAGCGCAACUACAUGGUGCAAACAGAAGACCAGUACGUCUUCAUACACGACGCGCUCCAGGAGGCCGUCAACUGCGGCACGACCGAAGUGCCCGCCAGAAACCUGUACGCCUACAUCCAGAAGCUGACCCAGAUAGAGGGUGGAGAGAAUGUCACUGGCAUGGAACUGGAGUUCAAGCGCUUAGCCAACACUAAAGCUCACACGUCGCGAUUCAUCAGUGCCAAUCUCCCCUGCAACAAGUUUAAGAACCGCCUUGUCAACAUAAUGCCAUACGAGUCCACACGAGUGUGUCUUCAGCCCAUCCGAGGAGUGGAGGGCUCGGACUACAUCAAUGCAAGCUUCAUUGAUGGAUACAGGCAACAGAAAGCGUACAUUGCAACACAGGGACCGUUGGCGGAGACCACAGAAGAUUUCUGGAGAAUGCUCUGGGAGCACAACUCCACUAUUGUAGUCAUGCUGACCAAGCUCAGAGAAAUGGGCAGGGAAAAAUGUCACCAGUACUGGCCGGCAGAGAGGUCAGCCAGAUACCAGUACUUUGUGGUGGACCCCAUGGCCGAGUAUAACAUGCCCCAGUAUAUCCUGAGAGAGUUCAAAGUGACUGAUGCCAGGGAUGGACAGUCACGAACAGUAAGGCAGUUUCAGUUCACCGACUGGCCUGAACAAGGAGUGCCAAAAUCAGGAGAGGGUUUCAUCGAUUUCAUCGGCCAAGUACAUAAAACAAAAGAGCAGUUCGGCCAAGACGGUCCCAUCUCAGUCCACUGUAGCGCUGGAGUUGGUAGAACCGGAGUUUUCAUCACCCUCAGCAUCGUCUUGGAACGGAUGAGAUACGAGGGCGUGGUAGACAUCUUUCAGACAGUGAAAAUGCUACGGACACAAAGACCAGCGAUGGUACAGACAGAGGAUCAAUACCAAUUCUGCUACAGAGCCGGCUUGGAGUAUUUGGGAAGCUUUGAUCACUAUGCAACGUAAAACGCCCAGUAUUGGAAGAUAAAACUGGAGGGCCCUUUGGGAGAAAAAAGAAAUCCAAGCGAGCCUCUCUUCUGAGCCAUAAAUUCCUGCUUGAGAAAGUACUCCUUAACUCCUUGCUAACAAUUCAUUUAAGUGUUGGAUGUGCGACAUGACUCGUCAAAAAAUGAAAAAGAUGAUUCCCGGAGGACCAAGUAAUUUCCCCAACAAGCCCAAAUAAAAAGAACCUCAGCUUAAGACGAGCAUGAGGGGAGGGGGGGGGAAAUCCUGACUAUUGAAGCAUCAUAGGGAAUUACCUUUUCUUUUUUGCUUCAAGGAUCCAUUUUGGGGCUCAUAAAACUAAAUGAAACCAACGCAAGAAAAAAAGUCAAUGAACAAUAAUGACGUCGUCAGAAAUGCAUCAGUGAUUAUGACCCAUAACGAGAGACAACGAGAAGCACACCGAAAUACAGGGGGAAGCAACUCAAUGCACAUUGUACAAAAAGAAAAAGAGGAAAAAUUAAAAAAAAAAAACGCCAUCAAAUCUGUUUCACAAUCAAGUCCACACAUCACAUCAAGAAGACGAUGCUUUGUCCACAGGAGCAGAACAGACUUAAAGUAAUAACGAAUAAAUAAAUACCCCUUUUAUCUGGUCGCAAUGUUGAUUCAUUUCAGUUUGGGGGAGAGGUUAAAGUUAAAAUACAAAAAGUAUUGAUUUAGUUUUUUAUUAUAAAAGUUGAUGUGCUUUUUUUCAAAUGUCUUUUUCUUUUCUUUUUACAGAGAAAAAGAGUUGAAACGUUUUUUUAAAGCUGUAGAACUGUUCUAAUGUACGUGCUGUUUUUGCAGAGAAUCCGUUUGCUAAUUUUCAUACACUUCAAAAAUUCACACCAUCCAUACUGUAACUUCCUUCAGAAGAGGGUUUUUUUUUUUUUUUUUUUGGUCAAUUUUAGUCUGGAAUUGUUCUUAUAUUUUCGUCAAGUUUUCUGUCUACAAUCACUCACAUUACAACCUGAUUACUUCCAUUUGAUUAAAGGGCAUAUAUCAUCAUUUUCUACAACUUCUUCAGUUGUUUUCAGGGUUGAAACGUCACGCAGAAACGUUGACUAGAAACAUGUUUGUAAGGAUGAGAGAAGAACAGAGAACAACGCAGCUGAAUGUCGCCGAACAGCGACGACAUCACAUCUCAAACACCAAAAUCAGGUGAAAACGCGUUUUCGCUCAACAACGACCACCUUGUGUAUAUUUUACACAAGCUAACCGCACGGAGCAGUUCUCCAUAUUAUUAGUCCGUUUGAUAAAUGAACUAACUUCCCUACAGUAAUGUCCUCAGACGUUACGGAGAAAAACCUGAUGUGUGUUCCAAAAAAGCAGCUGUAGUCACAUGCAGACAUUGGCUCAGACAUUAAUAAAGAAAUUAAGCACAGUGUAAAAAAAGAAUAAAAUAUUUUGCAUUUUCUUACCUGAUGAAGCUCAUGAUCAACAGCUGCGGUUGCCUAAAUGGUCUGGCUGUUCGCUCCCUGGUCGAACUGUCUUUUGUAGUUGAAGCAUGAAGUGCGUUUUCUCAUUUUUCAGAUUUGGGUAGUGACGUCACUUGAAGCCGGGGCCAAAACGCAUUUGCGACGGACUGUUUUUUUCGCGUGUAUUCUCCUCCCACGUUUUUUUUUUGUUUGUUUUUUGUUUUUUGUUUUUUUUGUAUAGAAGAUCUUUGAAGGAAACGCGCUCACUUCAUCCUUUUUGUAACAAGCAGCCACGCAUGCGUUCGACAAAUUCCUGCGUCGAAACGUCUUUUCGUGUGAACAAAACAAUCCGUUGUGUUCAGAGAUUUCCAGAAGGUGCCGUUACAGUCACUCUGUCGUCAUCCAUAUAUGGUAGUGCCUUCCUGUUUUAGUGUACGUGACUCAGAAGGCUCUUUUUUUGUUUGUUUGUUUGUUUCGGAUAAGUGCAUUUUUAAAUUAUCUAAGAAAAGGCAGUUGUGAUUUGUUUCAUACUUUGAAGCUUUUCAGGUUUUCCGGCUCUAAAAUAUGAUGAUAUAUGCCCUUUAACCGGGGCUUUGUGGAAUCAACAGGGGUGAGCAAAGUAUGAAGUUGCUGCUACCGAUUAUCUUAGUUCUUCCAUGUUACAAUGAGAAGAGAAAACAUGAUGAAUUUGGUAUGAAUACAUAACUAUAUACUGUCAAAUAUGUGAAAUAUGUAUAUCAAAGUAUAGAUAUAACAAUAUAUAAAGUAUAUAGUUUAAAAGUAUAUAAAGUACGGAUUGUGUUUGAAAGCUUUUAAGCGGGGAGUCGUGUGCCAUGGGGGAAACAGAGAUUUUUUUCACUGGAAUGCACAUCGGUAAAACAAAACUGUAUUUUGAUUCAGUGUAUCUUUUCUUGUGCAAUAAACAUGUUUUAGAUUUAGAUUUUCCCCCCCACCCUUUUAAUAUGUGGCGAUGUCAUUAACUCACGACUUUAUUAUGCCCUCCCCCUCCCUACCAACAGGUGGCAGUCAACGCGAUGCUGAUGCAUUGUUGCUUUAAUAAACGAUGCACUUCCACUUUCUUAGUCAGUCAGAAAUUAGAGGCAAUCACACUCAGUCUCCACACAAUAGGGCAAGGUACAAAGACGUCAACUUAUUCAGAUAAUAUAUAGUUUAUUUUUAUUUUUGCAUCUAGAGUGCCUUAUAUUUAUGCCUGUUUUUAUAAUGUUUUAUUUACCAUUCAUGUAUCCUUUGAGUAUUCUAGGCAUUUAGUGGAAAUUAAAAUGUAAAAUUUAUUUACCUUUAGUUUUCAUUUGUCACAUAAUGAGAUUAUAUAAAUAUAUAUAUGCAAAUAAGAACAUUUUAAUGGUUUUUACUUUUGUGGCCUUACAGAGGCUGAGGGAAUUGGAACAAAACAACCACUAUAGAAAUUUAAAUACAGCUAAAAACAAAAAAAAAUACACAGUUGGGGGGGUGGGAUGAUAAUGCAAAACUACAGAUAACAUUUAAAAAAAGAUUAAUGUAAUGCUAGUCUCCAAGCCCAACAUACAAUUAAGUGUCAACUAACAUUUUCAAGUGGAUUUUGUUUACAAAAAAGAAACUAGCAGAAAGACAAAUGGAUGCACAAACACAGUUCAUCAAUGACUGGUUUCUUCUUUAUGCCUUUCGUCUUUAUACGCAACACCUCAGAGCAGACCUGGAGACAAACUGUCCCUUCUGUUAAAUUGACUAUCUUUAACAGCGUGCUAUCGUCUUUGUCUCCUAGUUAAAGAGAAGGUUUUUACACCGGCUUGAGCAGCAUUACGUCUUACUCUCUAACGCUCCCUGAGAGCGGGCUUUUACCACCAAACUGUCACAGCGGAAAUGGAAAUGUGGAUUUGAAGAAUGAAGAAAAUGACGAGACAAAAUUUAGGGACUGGAAGCAAAAAUAAUUGGCUUACAAUUAAACAUUUUCAAGCGAUGUUCAACCAAAUAAAAUUAUACCUAAAAAUUUUAAUUACUAUUAAUUACUUGCUGUUUAUCUCAAACAUGAUAUACAUGGGUACAAAAUUGGGUCGAAUAUAAAAAAAAAUAUCUUCCUUUGGUAGUGAUAAAAAUUAUGCAAUAUUUUUGCUUUAUUGUGACACAAUAACUUCUCCCCUCUCCGAGAGCUUUAGCAUCUCAGCUAAUAAAAAUGUACUUAUCAGUGUGAGCAACAUUUAUAAUCUUACGAAAAUUGGAUUCAAGCAGCUCUUUGACAUUGUGAUGUGAUGACGAUUGGUCUUCGAUAUGCUAUGCAGGUUUAGUAUCAAAAGGAAGUAAGUUGGGACAAAAUGGCAACUCUGGGUACAACAGGAGGCGCAAAUUGAUCUGGAACCAUCAAAUUACUCACUAAUGCCAUUUAGUGAGUCCAAAAAAAAGAGUUUACAAACAUCGCAUGUUUAAAACAUCACUUACAAAUUAAGCUGGUGAUAUUAAGGCUUCUGUAAUUAGCAUGGCGCCUCCCCACACUCUGACCACUGACAGGAAUCGAGAGGAUCAAACAUGUGCGAGAAGAGUAGCGAAAUAACUUCUGGUCAACAUUAGGUUUGCACAAUAAAAGCUGAAAAUUGAUCACUCAGAGAUUUAUAUUUAUAUUUGGUUGGUGGGAAGAGCUGGCCACAAUGUGGUUCUCUGCCAGGUGAAAACCAGUUCCACCCACCAGCUUUGGAACUGGUUUGGUGGAAAACCCCCGACUUUGAUGGCUUUGUGGAUGUGCAUUCCAGGUGCUUUCUUUCCCUUAUUUUCUGAAGCAGCUGUGAGUUUUUGUUUUACUCCUUUUCCUGACCGUUUUGUCACAAUACUCUCGGAAACAUGUUCAUUUUCUUUUUCUUUUUUAUUUUUUUUGGUCCUCAUCUGAUUUUCCUUAUCAGUUAUUAGCUUUUCAUUAUGCACGGUAAAGAACUUGCAGAGUGGCCAAAACCCGGGCCGAGUAGGAAGGACUUGCACUUUCUCUUAUCUUUGUACUAUGCACUGCCCUAUUGAUUCUGAACCCAAUAAUGUAUUACUUGAACCCAUCUCUUAAAAAGAAAACUCCCCAGACAUUCACUUUGUGUGUAUGUAAAUAACACAGAAAAAGGUAUCAACCGGCUAAAAAGACAAAAAAAUAAUUAAAAAAAGAGUUUGUGGCGAAAAAGAGCAUUCGUUCUGAUGCCACCAUGGUUUACUCCGGCAGAUGACUUCAGAGAAAUCUGUUCCCCCCCAACCAUCUGUUCUUGUGGCUUUGCCAUUCGAGCUCGGAGUGUCAUUAACAGAAAUAAACGUUGUGUUCUCUGCUCUCUCUCUCUCUAUCUAUCUCUCGUCUGGAUGCAUAGACUGAUAACUAAAUAAUGAAAUUGUAAAAAGAAAAAAAAGAAGAAAAAUAUGGCUUGUUAAAAAGAUUAUACGAUUACCUCUGAUUAGUUGUAAGCGUAAACUGUUUCUUUUUUUCUGAAUGAAAGGAGUGCUUUUUAUUUUCUUACUUAGGUUACAUUGGUGGAGAAAGAAGUCUGUAAGAAAACCAGUUCCUUGCUGACACGAGUUCCAUUUGUUAUAAAUGAAUUCUAUUAAAAAAUGUCAGUGUUA